AGAAACCCUUUAUCAAGCUUUGCCGCUUUUCAAUGGCUUCCAACACUCUAUUAUCUUGCAAAUACCAAUGAUAAGUCAUUAGUUUGCGAGUGACCAAUCAGAGAAUAGAUAAGUGUUUGGUGUUUCGAAGCGGAGUUCCGGAUCGCGCAAUGUUCAGUGUGAGUUGAUAGAGGAGGAAGUUUAUCUCGAGUGAGUGUACUGGAAUUUUCGGGAGCUGAGUUAAUAUCCUCUGAAACGUAGCUAACUCAGUUUCAAAAGUUAGUUUACAACGAUUACGAUCGACGGAGGCACAUAAUUUGACGACAAAAAAUCACGGACGAGGUCUUUGCAAGUACAUUACUAUUCAGCUUAUCUGUGUCCUGCCAAGGCCUUGUCUAGUGAAAACCUUGCUUGAUAUAAUUCAUUGUGCAGAAUAGCAUGCCGAAGGAGAUGAUAAAUGGAUCUUCUGUGGAUUCUCUAGUACUCAACAAAAUUCAAAAGCCCAAGAAAGUUGUUCCCUCUUUGCAUCAAAACUCUACAUCCAGUAACACAGCAAAACAGAAGAAUACAGAUCUCUUUCUCGGAAGUGACCACAAUCCAAGUCUGAUCAAGAGCUCAGAAGGUUUAUUUGUGUUGGAGAACGGCAAUGGAGUGGACUCCUCUAAUGGAACACCACUUGUACUGCGGAAAGAUCGGCUAGUUCAAGAAAUAGAAAACAGUCUUGCAGAAAUAGAGGAUCAUUAUUCUAGCACCAGUAAGCUAGAAGAGGAGAGGUCUGUUGUUGAAAUGGAAAGGAAUUCUUUACUGAAAGACAUUGAAGAAACAAUAACAGAAAUCCAGAAUCAUGUGCUUAAUUCUUCAGAUCUGGCACUUGAGAAGGGCGCUUUACAAGAAGAGUGUGAUGGUCUUCGUGGCCAAGUGGAUCACUUAAAGACAAUGCUAGAUAAUUCAGAUGAUGUUGAAAAUGGUGAGGAGAUUGAUGGUCUGUAUCCUCUAUCCAAAAAACUGAAGCAACAAAACAUGGCUUUGAAAGCCGAGAUUGACAAGUUGACUUUAGAGAAUGAGAACUUAAGGAGUAAGGAACAGAAUGCUGAUUGUGAUGGUGUUCCUUCAGAUUUAAUGACAAGAGAACUAGAACUGCUACAUGAUGAGAAUGCAAACUUGCAAAAACUGCUUCAAAUGGCUGAACAGUCAGAAGAUAAUAUGGCUAAGGAACUGACAACAUGCCACUCUAAGUUCACUGAAAUGCAGAAAUUAAAUGAGAGCUUGAAGAAGGAAACAAAACAGUUGAAAUCCUUGAAAGAGCAGCUGGAAUUAGACAGAGAAGACCUUGAAGAAGAAGUUGAAAGUUUGCAGAAAAGAUUGAAUGUGAGUGGAGAUCAAAAUGGAAAUUCUCUGAUGUUGAAGGUGAGGUACAAUGUAUGCAUUUGUACUCAUAGCUGCCAUGAAACUUAUUGUCAUUUUCAGAANUAUUUUAAAGUUCUGAAAUUAGUUAUCCGUCAGAAUAGCAUGCCGAAGGAGAUGAUAAAUGGAUCUUCUGUGGAUUCUCUAGUACUCAACAAAAUUCAAAAGCCCAAGAAAGUUGUUCCCUCUUUGCAUCAAAACUCUACAUCCAGUAACACAGCAAAACAGAAGAAUACAGAUCUCUUUCUCGGAAGUGACCACAAUCCAAGUCUGAUCAAGAGCUCAGAAGGUUUAUUUGUGUUGGAGAACGGCAAUGGAGUGGACUCCUCUAAUGGAACACCACUUGUACUGCGGAAAGAUCGGCUAGUUCAAGAAAUAGAAAACAGUCUUGCAGAAAUAGAGGAUCAUUAUUCUAGCACCAGUAAGCUAGAAGAGGAGAGGUCUGUUGUUGAAAUGGAAAGGAAUUCUUUACUGAAAGACAUUGAAGAAACAAUAACAGAAAUCCAGAAUCAUGUGCUUAAUUCUUCAGAUCUGGCACUUGAGAAGGGCGCUUUACAAGAAGAGUGUGAUGGUCUUCGUGGCCAAGUGGAUCACUUAAAGACAAUGCUAGAUAAUUCAGAUGAUGUUGAAAAUGGUGAGGAGAUUGAUGGUCUGUAUCCUCUAUCCAAAAAACUGAAGCAACAAAACAUGGCUUUGAAAGCCGAGAUUGACAAGUUGACUUUAGAGAAUGAGAACUUAAGGAGUAAGGAACAGAAUGCUGAUUGUGAUGGUGUUCCUUCAGAUUUAAUGACAAGAGAACUAGAACUGCUACAUGAUGAGAAUGCAAACUUGCAAAAACUGCUUCAAAUGGCUGAACAGUCAGAAGAUAAUAUGGCUAAGGAACUGACAACAUGCCACUCUAAGUUCACUGAAAUGCAGAAAUUAAAUGAGAGCUUGAAGAAGGAAACAAAACAGUUGAAAUCCUUGAAAGAGCAGCUGGAAUUAGACAGAGAAGACCUUGAAGAAGAAGUUGAAAGUUUGCAGAAAAGAUUGAAUGUGAGUGGAGAUCAAAAUGGAAAUUCUCUGAUGUUGAAGGUGAGAANACUUUUGAGAAAGAAUUUUGAGGAACAAAGAAAAGAGUUGUCCACAGCUUGUGAGAGUGAACAAAAAGAUAAGCAGAGACUACAAAGAGAAAUACAAGACAUGUCUGAGAGAUUGAAGUCCUCUGAGAAGGAGUUGAAUGCGGUACUGCAAUUGCAGACAAAUAAAGGAUCAGAACUGCAAAACUUGAGAAUUACAGUUGAUGAGAUGAGAAAAGAGCUAAUACUAACAAAGCAAAACUUGAGAGAGGCAGAAGAAGCAAAAACGACUGCACAGGAAAAGACUCAAAUGGCUGAAAAGGCUAUGGAGGACCUAGAGAAGUCAAAUGCUGUUUUUAAUGAUAUGGCUAUGGAGAAAUCGUUGGAGCUUUCUCGCAUGAAGAGAACUCUAGAAAAGAAGGUGGAAAAACUAACAAAAGAGAACAUGGAAAUGCGAAAGAAAUUUGGUCUCGAGGUACCAACGUCAACCAGGUCUCAAACUCCCCCCAGGUUAUCUCCGGUAGCUGUUCAUAAGCAGAAGAUCCCAAGUCUCGAUGUUAAUUUGGAACAUCUGUCUAAACCAUCCCAAAGAGAAAGAAACGAUGUACAGAGACAACCAAGGGAUCAAAACCCUUCAUCUCGAGUGAUAGCAAUGAAUGGACCAAUGUCAGAUAAAAGAUUAAGGCGAUCAAGUGUUGACAGUGAUUCCUCUAUUGGCCAUCAGAAUCUUGAGUCUGGUUAUGUAAAACCUCAACGUAACAAGGAGAUUCUGGAUUCUGCUCCAUCAGGCUACAGGGUCCUUGCCUCUGAUGUUUCCUCUGCUCCUCCAAAGCAGCAGUUUACAAGUUCUGUUGUACAUGUUAUGACAUCCCCAGGACGGGAUCAGAAUCAUUCCAAUUUCACUAAGGAAGAGUCUGGGUAUGACAGGGCAAGUUAUAAUCAUUGGAAAGAUGAUGAAAGGAACUGGGAAGAAAGACCAAUGGAGGAACAGAAGCUAGAAGAAAGAGAAAGGUAUUGCUGCAAUUAAUACAGUGUAUCACCUGUUGGUAGUUUAAUCUUUAGACAGUUGUUAAGUUGUAGAUCAAACAUGAAAUAUCAUAUUUAAUCACAUUUCCAAACACUGAGAAGAGAGUUGAAAAUACAAUGUGUAGCCAAAUAUUUUUGAUUAACUGCAAGGUUUUUGGAAAUGUGGUCAAACUCGGUCUUUCAUGUUUGAUAAGUGAGUUUGAGAAGUAUAUUUCUAACUAUGCUGCUUCAAGGCAAAUUAAUUUAUGGAGUCCUGACUCAUGUACAGCAUUAGCUAAUUUGUGCUACUUUCAUAACAGUAAUUGACCAUUUUAGGUUUACUGAUUAAACUGUGAGUUCUUUUGCUAGUCAUCACAGUAAAAUUUAUUUCAUAUUGUUCUGAGAGUCUUGAUGUACAUCAAGUUUCUUCCUUUUAUUUAUGGCUUCUUUCUGAUCAAUGUAAGAACACAAGUACAUUGCUCUUUAGCAUUUGGGGUUUACAUUAGAUGUUAUUUCACACAUUUAUAUACUCUGUUUUUUAACAAUGCUCUUGCUUAAUAAUGCUGUUGUCUUAUAAACUGUUAAAGUAUUGCUCACUGCUAAAAAAAGCUUUUCUUGAAACCCUCAAAUCACUUGGCACCACUAGUAAUCUGAGGCUAAACAUGCGCAAUCAGAUGCUGCAACUUAUCGCCUUUCGGUGUACAUGUAGGUGCAGAGUUAUUGGCAAAUUCCUGCGGUCAAAUUACCUUAUACGUGUAAUGCAGAUUAGGUAUGUACAUCACAAAAUAUCCUCAUCGUCAUCAUCAUCGUCACCAUCAUUAUCAUCAUCUGCAUUUACAUUCUGGCUCUUAAUGCACCAAGCAUUCACUGCACUUAAUUUGACUAGCUUGAGCUCUUGAUGUGUGGCAUUGUCUUGUGUAGUUUGACUGAGCCAUAAAGAUGCUUUGUGCUGCACUUACACUAUACCUUAGUUACAAAAAGAAAGCUUCUCUGGAAUAGUUUGAUGUAGCUUGGCUCAGCAACUGCAUUCCUUUGAAAGAGAUGUCUGAGUAAUAUAUCAGCAAUGUUUUAUUACUCAGAUCAGAGUAGUGUCAUACUGGUAAUAAUUAUUGGGAAGUGGAGUGUGGUGUUAUGAAUGGCUAUGUAGUUGUGAUCUUAGGCAAAGUUAAGCAGGGUUAAGCAAGUG